AUGCUCAACGAAACCGUGUAUGAAGACGAUGUGAGGGCGAGGCUUAGCUCCAUAGGGAAGCAAAAUGUAGGAAGAAUUCUAAUAGAGGCUGGUAACCUGCCUAGUAUCCGAAUCCGAAUAACGGGGCAGGAAUCCCUUCAUUGGAAAUUGGAAGUCCCUUCAAGACUUCCUGCUACCGGAGUAGCAGCGGAGUUAGAUACCGGUCGCAAUGAAGAGACAGGGGUAUAUGGCAAACGAUGUGAAUCCGAUUGCGAGUUCAAGCCAAUCCUUCCAAGCGCGAACUUCCAGCUAGAAUACUGUAGAGAGUUAUCAGGAGUGCGCAUGUCACAGCUACUCUCUACUUGCUCCGUUGAUGCAAAGACGGGCCAGUGGACAGCGAUCAUACUGGGACUCCGGCCAGAUUCGGACUUGUGCAACCCCUGGCAGAAAGUCUUGAAAGAAUUUUUAACUGAUGCGGGACCCUACGCCAUACCAACAGUGGAGCUAGAACCAAUGAUGCUGCACAUAAGAAGGGGAGGGACGGAGUCUGCGAGGCUGGGAAGCGUAGCCUUAGUUGGGGGACUCGGCACCGCAACAUCAAUAUUAAUCAACGUGUUUAGGGUUUCGUACAUGCAAACUGUUCUCUAUGGCGCUUUCUUCUCCUCCCUCUAA